AUGGGAUACAUAUGGUACGUAUUGGGGAUCCAAAUAAUAUACAUAUCGACAUCGCCAUCAAUUGCAAUUGCAAUGGAAAGUAAUGAUUCAUCAAUGGCAUUGAUGAGAGGUCAAGAUGAUCACAUGGUGUUCUGCCUUAGAGAUUGCAUGCGCAUUUGCAUGAAGUUGGAUGGUGCCACCUCCGGUGAGUGCGAGAAUGCUUGUCGCAAGGGAUGUCGACCAUUGCUUGCUCGCAAAGAAAUAGGAACCCUUACAAAUUUUAACAGUUGUGACCCUGAGUAGA